AACGCCACCAGGAACUGCUCGACGGAAUGCCUCGCUAGGCCACUAUCGCCCCCCCCCCCAGUUCCCCACUCCUCCCCAACGCCGCCACCCCACCGAGAGAAACGCCGCCGAGAUGAAGGGAGCAAUGCAGCCGCGGCCGUUCAUGAUGCACGGCCCGAUGCCUCCGCCGCCGCAGCAGUUUGGCCUCGUGGAGACGCGCCCGCCGCUGGCCGCCAUGCUGCGGCCCCGCUUCAACAUCCCGGGGCUGAACCCUUCCGCCGCCGCGGCGUCCGCGGCGGGCAAGAUCUCUUCGACCUACGACCUCGUGGAGCCGAUGAGGUUCCUCUACGUCCACGUGGUCAAGGCGCGGGACCUCCCCGCCGUCUCCCCCACCGGCUCCAUCGACCCCUUCGUCGAGGUCAAGCUCGGCAACUUCAAGGGCCACACAUCCGUCCACGGCGCCAACCACAACCCGUCCUGGCAGCAGGUGUUCGCCUUCUCGGCCACGCACCUCCAAUCGCAUCUGCUCGAGGUGUCCAUCAAGGCCAAAGAUCUCGCCGGCGGAGACGACCUCAUCGGCCGCAUGGCGUUCGACCUGUCCGAGGUGCCGGUCCGCGUGCCGCCUGACUCCCCGUUAGCCCCCCAAUGGUACAGGCUCGAGGGGAAACGGGGUGAGAAGCUUCCCCGCGGCGAGAUCAUGCUCUCCGUGUGGCUCGGGACCCAAGCCGACGAGGCGUUCCCAGAGGCCUGGCAUUCCGACGCCCAUGGGGCGGCUGGCCCGGCGGCCGUCUUGUCCACUCGCGCCAAGGUAUACUUCUCGCCCAAGCUCGUGUACCUCCGCGUCGCCGCCAUCGGGGCGCAGGACCUCAUGCCCCACGACACGUCCCGCCCCAUGAGCGCCUCCGUCAAGCUGCAGCUCGCCGGGCAGGUGCGUCGCACGCGUCCUGGGGGCCCGCCGGGGACGCCCAACCCAAUGUGGAACGAAGAGUUCAUGUUCGUCGCCUCCGAGCCCUUCGACGAGCCCCUGGUCGUCACCGUGGAAGACCGUGUCGCGCCCGGCCGCGACGAGCCGCUCGGGCGCAUUAUACUGCCCCUCAACGCCGCAAUGCCACGCCAUGACCACUUCGGCAAGCCUGUGGAGCCGCGCUGGUACAGCCUUGGGCGUCCCAGUGACGAUGGUGAGAAGAAGGAAGGCAAGUUCGCGAGCAAGAUACAGCUUCGGAUGUCACUGGACUUUGGAUACCAUGUUCUCGACGAGUCCACUUACUACAGCAGCGAUCUCCAGCCAUCGUCAAAGCACACGCGGAAGCCAAGCAUUGGGAUCCUUGAGGUGGGAGUUUUAGGUGCACGCAACUUGAUACCGAUGAAAGCCAAGGAUGGGCGCACCACCGACGCUUACUGUGUUGCCAAAUAUGGACCGAAAUGGGUGCGCACAAGAACAAUCCUUAACACACUGAAUCCGCAGUGGAAUGAGCAGUAUACUUGGGAGGUGUUUGAUCCAUGCACUGUGAUCACAGUGGUAGUGUUUGACAAUAGCCAGAUUGGGAGCAAGAGUGCUGAUGCCCGGGAUGAGAGUAUUGGCAAGGUCAGGAUCCGUCUCUCGACACUGGAGACUGACCGGGUGUACACCCAUUUCUACCCUUUGCUGGCUCUUAAGCCAAGUGGCCUCAAGAAGACCGGUGAGUUGCAUUUGGCUGUGCGGUUUACAUGCACGGCAUGGGUGAACAUGAUGGCGAUGUAUGGCCGUCCCCUGCUGCCAAAGAUGCACUACACACAACCAAUAUCAGUGAUGCAGUUGGACUACCUGAGGCAUCAGGCGAUGCAAAUUGUUUCAGCGAGGCUUAGUCGUGCUGAGCCUCCACUGCGCAGGGAGGUGGUGGAGUACACGCUCGACGUGGGAUCCCACAUGUUUAGUCUCCGGCGCAGCAAGGCCAACUUUUAUCGGAUCACCUCUCUGUUCUGUUGUUUUGCGGCAAUGGCCAAGUGGUAUGAUGGCAUCAGGAGCUGGCGAAACCCGAUUACAACUAUGCUGGUGCACAUGUUGUUCCUCAUACUGAUCUGCUACCCGGAGCUCAUCCUGCCUACCAUCUUCCUCUACAUGUUCAUGAUCGGACUGUGGAACUAUCGUUAUAGGUCAAGGCAUCCACCGCACAUGGACACUAAGCUAUCACAAGCUGAGUUUACACACCCUGAUGAGCUUGAUGAGGAGUUCGACACAUUCCCAACCAACAGAUCAGCUGACAUUGUAAGAUUGCGCUAUGACAGGCUGAGGAGUGUUGGAGGUCGUGUCCAAACAGUGGUUGGGGACCUGGCGACACAAGGUGAGAGAGCUCAUGCAUUGCUGAGCUGGAGAGACCCUCGGGCCACUGCCAUCUUCAUAUUCUUAUCCCUAGUUGUAGCCAUUGUGCUGUAUGUGACGCCAUUCCAGGUUUUGCUGGUCAUUACCAUGCUUUACUUGUUGCGCCAUCCCCGGUUCCGCAGCAGGAUGCCAUCUGUCCCAUUCAACUUCUACAGAAGAUUGCCUGCCAAGUCUGAUUUGCUCCUUUGAGGCCAGAGCAUUCAAAAGAAGGUAAUGGGGGAACCUUGUUUUCCAAAAGGAAGUGGGGGAACAUUGUAACAUUGUCUCUUUCAUGCUGUUCCUUCUGAUUAACAUCAGAUCAGAUGUGAAUAUAAUCCAUGAGUUGAUUAUUUAGUUGCUCUGGUAGCCCUGCAAUAAGGUGUCCGUUUGAAUGAUAUCUGCUUGCAUAUGCAGAAAUGAAGGGAAUGACUAGAUCCCUUUAGAGUUUUGGAUGAAAAUUGUUAGUUUUGGUUUUCUAGUGUAGAGCAAAAGGUGGGCACAAGAUAAGUUCCGGUGUGUUAUAACUAUGAACUUCUGCCAAUUUUGUUCAUGUUCUGUUAUUCCGUUCCUUUGGUCAUGUCCUUGCCCCUGAGGCCCUGAUCAUGUCCUUUGUAUAUGUUUCUUUCAUUCUUUUUCUUGUCCGGAGAAUUCUAUGUCCUACAGUAUGUACUAUUAUUACUCAAAAAAGAGAGUGUGUACUCCGUAGUACUAUUCUUCC